UCUAACAGUCCUUUAUCUUCUACUUGUGUUAACUCAUAUAGAGGUGAAUUAUCGACCCGACUUGUUAACUCGGCAUCACAUCUUAAUACAUACUGUAAUAACGGACAGGUAUCUGUCUCUGUUAUACAGUCUUCUAUUAAUAUUACCUAUGAUCAAAAGUUGCAUGCAUUUUUUAAAGUGGAAUUUACAUCCAGUGCUUUUAUUCAAAAUAUACAUUCAGUGUGUGUACAGCAGGUUAUCCGAGCUAUUGAGGGUAUUACAGCCAACGCCGCUCAAUCACUUUUGUCAAAUAUCCACACCUUGCAAACGAUUGGCUGUGAAACUAUUGUCCUUAACAUAAAGGAUGUACGUAAUCGACAAUUUUGUAAAUUUACAACAGAAAGUCCACGCAGGGUUAAUGAUGUAUACAUCUGCAUUCCAUGUACAGCAGGAACAAUUAAGACUAAUGCUGGAACUUGUGAGAAGUGCCCUGUUAAUACUUACCAGGCAGGUAGUGAUAAUUCCUUCUGUCAACCAUGUCCUGUGGAUAAGGCUACUGAUGGCACAGGAAAAACUAGUGUAUUAGAUUGUCAAGGUAUCUGUACUGGUAAUCUGGUAUCUUCUAGUGGAUUACCUCCGUGUCAAGAAUGUCCAUCUGAUACCUAUCGUGUUAAUAGUACAUACUGUAGUCAAUGUCCCGUUAAUACCAGAUCUGUUGGUAGAGAAAAUCCAUUGUAUCCAGAAUGUAAUAAUCCAUCAUGUACGUAUGAAAAGCAAGAGAACAAAUUAUUGGGAAAUGAAGUUGUUAGUAAUUUACGAUCUACAGAUUCUACCCUAGAUAAUUGUAAAGAAUCUUGUAAUAAAUAUAGUAUUUUUGGACAGCCAGAGUGUAUAGGAUUUGAUUAUGAUAAACAAAAUAAUCGAUGUAAACUGAUGACAAUAGAUGGUACGCCACAAGACAAUGUUCAACAUGAUUUCUACAAAAGAACAUGUAUCAGAAGAACGGAUCAAGAAUGUUAUUGUGCUGGACUAUGUCCUGCUGGUCAGUUCUCCUUUACUGGUCAUUUACCAGAUUGUCGAAAUUGUCCAAAAGGAUAUUACACAUCUCAACCAGGGUCAAAUCAAUGUCUGGCUUGUCCAACAGAACAGACAACUGUAGGGGAAGGAUCUACUUCAUGUGUUCCUGGAGCACCUCUUCUAUGUGGUUUGUGUAAGAAUAAUGUGACUUGUACCGUAACUAAUAAUUUACCAAUGUGUCAGUGUCAACCAGGUUAUACAGGAGUAUAUUGUGAAACAGUGAUUGAUUAUUGUGCAUCACAACCGUGUUAUCAUAAUGCACCAUGUACCUCUAAUACAAAUGGUUUCACUUGUCAGUGUCCUCUAGGUACUAAUGGUGAUAGAUGUGAAGUUAAUAACAAUGAUUGUAUAAGCAGUACAUCAUGUUUAAAUGGUGGAGUAUGUGAAGAUGGUGUUAAUUCUAUAAACUGUCACUGUUUACCUGGUUAUACUGGAGUCAAUUGCCAGAUACAGAUCAAUAUUUGUCAAGCUAAGCCUUGUCAAAAUGGUGGAGCAUGUGUAGCAGUUAAUCAAGUUCUACGACAUUGUAAUUGUUUAACAGGAUUUACAGGACCAAGUUGUGAGACAAACAUAAAUGAAUGUGACUCUUCUCCUUGUAUGAAUGGAGCACCAUGUAUUCAGGGUGUUGGUACUUUCACUUGUUCUCCAUGUCCUGAAGGUUACAGAGGUCAACUAUGUAAUAUACCAGAUAGAUCAUGUUCUACAGCUAAUUGUGGUUUUGCCACCGAAUGUGUUGAUGAGUUAGAUGUAGGUUUACCUAGAUGUUUAUGUCAACAAGGUUAUAGUUAUGGUCAAUUUUGUCAGUAUGAUUUAAAACUAUCAAGAACAUCAAGUAGUGGAUUAUUAGGAUCUGUUUUAAGCAAUAUAAAUAAUGUAAUGGAGUGUAUGACACAAUGUGAAUCUUCAGCUAAUCGUGUAGCUUGUGCUGCUUUCGAAUAUAAUAGCAAUGCUAGAACCUGUCAGCUACUUUCAUCAACCUACUCCCUUGUGGCCAGCACAACGUCUAAUGUAUAUAUCAAACAAUGCUUCCAUCCAGCAGAUGAUUUUUGGACACCAUAUUACAGUAUUGAUACACCCUCAGGUGCCAUUGAAUUAGAAUCAAAAUCACAGCUGUUGAGUUUGCAUAAUAUUAAUGUUUGUGGAGGUACUACACCGGUGCAAACUGACUGUCAUGUUAUUGGAGGUGGGUCAUUACCUACUGGUGUACAGUGUACCUCUGAGGGAGUAAGCUGUUCUGGUAGUUGUCCUGAUAUAGAAGUCAGAUACAGAUGUAGUCUUGCUAGAGUAUUUAAAGAUAAACAGUGUAUACAACAAGAUCUUUGCUCUGAGAGAUGUGACGCCAACCAUAUUUGUCACAUAGUAGGAGGAGAGUUGAUGUGUAAAUGUCGAACAGGGUAUACAGGAGUCAACUGUGAUCAAGAUAUCAACGAAUGUACUGCAUUAAGUAUAUACUGUAACACUGGUACUUGUAAUAAUUUCCCUGGAUCUUACAACUGUUCUUGUCCUUCUGGAUAUACAGGUAGUUUUUGUGAGAAUGUACUAGUACCAUGUGACAGUAAUUUAUGUAAUCCUGGUAAUACCGCUAACUGUAUAAAUACAGGUACAACCUACAGGUGUGAUUGUAAACCUGGAUUUAAAGGAGAUCGAUGUGAUGAAGAAAUUAAUAAUUGUGAGAGUACUCCAUGUCUACAUGAUGGUGUAUGUGUAAAUAGGAUUAAUAAUUAUGAUUGUGUAUGUGAAGCUGGUUGGACAGGUAGAAAGUGUGAAACACCUAUAAAUAUAUGUACACAACUAGGAAUAACCUGUAGUGGACGAGGAACAUGUUACACAUUAUUUAAUGACUACUAUUGUCAGUGUAAUGGAACAUCAUCUGGUAAAAACUGUGAUAUAGUUGACAAUGUUUGUACUAAAAUGCCUUUAUGUUACAACUCUGCUACAUGUUCAUUAGUUAAUGAGGCUCCACAAUGUAACUGUCCUACAGGAUUUAUGGGAUUAAGUUGUGAGAUUAGACAAGAUUAUGAUUGUAUAAACUCAUCACCAUGUUUAAAUGGUGGUACAUGUAGUAUAGAUUCUACUGGUUAUAAAUGUUCUUGUGAUGCAGGAUUUACUGGUGAUACAUGUGCUACUGAUAUUAAUGAAUGUGCGUCUGCUAAUUGUCCUACGUCUGCUACCUGUAUUAAUCUUAAAAACUCUCACUAUUGUAAAUGUCCUGCAGGAAAAGCAUUACCAAAUUGUCAACAGAAUGUAAAUUUAAACUAUGAUAUAUGUCUACGUAAAUCUCUGUCUAGAGGCUCGGCCAUGGUGGCUUUCCCACUCUCAAUCAAUUCUGUUGACGGUUUCACUAUUGGUUUAUGGGUAAAAUAUGAUAUGAUGGGUGGAAUAGGAACCUUCUUAAGCCUCUAUAGAGCCGAUAGCACAUCAACAUCCAGUUUAAUACAACCAGAUAUUGUAUCACUUGAUGAGACCGGUAUUAAACUACGAGUGUCAGGACCAGAAGUAACGGCUAAUUAUCAUGAUUUUAAACUAAAUAGUGGUAGAUGGCAUGCUGUAGUUAUAAGUUGGAGGAGUACUACGGUAGAGGUUUAUGUUGAUAGUUUACGACAGAUACAAGUAACAGGUUAUACGUCAUCAAUUACGUCUACUCAACAAAUCUGGGUGUCAAUUGGAUCUCAAUAUCCCAUGUCAAAAUCAUUUAUAGGGUGUGUGUCUCAGUUGAAUAUUUAUAAUAAAAUAUUAGAAGCUGGUACAGAAUUACCAAGUUUAUUUGAUGCACCAUCUUUUGUUUAUCCAAGCAAUGUUUACCAGGGUUGGGCAGAUUAUAUCCUCAAUGAUGAUGUUGUUAUGGUUCAACCAUCGAGAGUAAUGAAAGGUGCAUGCCCUACAGGAUACACUGGUUUCCCUUCAUGCUCAACACAAACCAAUGAUAAAACAAAGCCUGGUGUUGAUAGUUGUCCUAAUAACGUGUUUUAUCAGAGUACAAAUGGUGCAGGACAACCAACAUGGACAGAACCUGUAUUUUCUGGUGCUUCAUCUGUUACAUUUACACAGCUUUCUGGAGCUCUGUUAACUAAAGGACCACAUACUAUUAUAUAUGAAGCUGUAGAUGGGAAUAAAAACAAGGCUUUAUGUUACUUUAAAGUUUAUAUUAAUGAUGAGUUCUGUCCAGCACUUCCAGUACCUAGAAAUAAUGGAAUUCAAACAUGUAACAAUAUAAAUAACAAUUGGAGAUUUACAGCUUGUAGUGUGGAUUGUCCAGCCAGUAGUUCUACUAUAAAUAAACAAGGAAAGACAUGGUAUACAUGUAGCUCUGAGGGUAAUUGGGUGUGGCCUCCAUCCAGUCAAGAUAUCUAUCCUCCUUGUGGCAGUAUUGUUGGCCCUGCAAAUGUAGAUGUGAAUGUACAGAUGAAUUAUUUGAUAUCACCAACAGAUUGUCUGACAGUUAAAUCAACAUUAAAUACGAAACUAACUACAAGUAUACAACAGUUAAAUACACAAUGGAAUAAUGAGAUCUGUAAACAAACUACAUGUUCAGAUAUAGCAUUUGAUAUUGUUUGUAAUCCUGUUACUAAAGUAACAUUUGAUGUUAAAGAUAUUAAACCAGAAUUAACUAAAGGUAGUGAAACAUUAACAGCAGAACAAGUUUUGAUCAGGGCUACAUUAGAUGAAAAUAUAUUUACUUAUAAUGAUAUUGUAAAUGGUAGAAUAUAUGCUAAUACUUUAUUAGUUGAUAUGAAGAGAAUAUGUCCAGUUGGUCAAACAGUUAUAGAUAAUCAAUGUGUUACAUGUGCCAGUGGAACAUAUUAUAACAAUGUGACCUUUACAUGUGAUGAUUGUCCUAAAGGUCAAUAUCAACCUGCUACAGGUGUGUCAUCCUGUACACCUUGUGGUUCUGGUAAAACAACACAAACUACAGGAUCAAUAGCACUAAAUCAAUGUAUAGAUAGUUGUACUAUUGGUAAUUUUUAUGAUGUACAAACAACAAGUUGUCAACCAUGUGCUCAAGGUUUAUAUCAAGAUACUGCUGGAGAAUUUAGUUGUAAACCAUGUCCAGUUGGUCAAAUAACUCGAUUAACAGGUUCAACUAAUAUUUCACAAUGUUAUGUUGGAUGUAAUGCUGGUUAUCAGUUAGUAAAUGGACAAUGUGAACCAUGUCCUAUAGGAACAUAUAGUGAUGAUCAGAUCUGUCAACCAUGUCCAUCUGGUAAUAUAACACAAACGGUUGGUGCAGACAGAAUCUCUAAUUGUACUGUUGUUGCCUGUGAGGUUGGAAGAUACCGUACAUCAGAAAACCAAUGUGUAGAAUGUGGUAUAGGAACCUAUCAAGAUGUAAAAUGGCAGACCAGUUGUAAACUAUGUGGAAACAAUUCUAGAUAUAGAACAGAUACAACUGGUGCUUCUAGUCCUACACAAUGUAGAUUUUUCUGUGAGUCUGGUUAUCAAGCUAACCCUAGUAAUACUGAUUGUGUGAUUUGUGAUGUUGGAACAUACAAAGAUAAUGUUGUUGAUGGCUAUUAUGGAACAUGUCAAGCUUGUCCAACUAAUUUUAUUACACCAGCAACAGGCACAACAUCAGUUUCAGGGUGUUCAAUUUUGAAAUGUGAAGCAGGAUAUAAAGGGAAUACAGCUAAUACAGCAUGUGAAAUGUGUCCAUAUGGUACAUAUCAACCAGCUGUCAAUCAGAAGACCUGUACAAACUGUCCGGUUGGUCAAGGUACUAGAAGAAAGGCUGCUGUAGCACAAACAGAAUGUGAAGUUUUAUGUGCAUCAGGAUCGGAGCGUAUAACACCAACUAGUGAGUGUACACCAUGUCCUGUUGGUAAAUAUAGGGUACAAUCUGACUUACCAUCUAAUAUAUGUACACCUUGUCCUGAUGGUUAUCUUACACCAAAUACACAAUCAGAACAAGUCUCUCAAUGUACUGUUAGAAAUUGUACAGCAGGUUAUAAGAUUGAUGGAGUUAAUUGUGUGGCAUGUCCUAUUGGUCAGUACCAAUCUCUACCAUAUCAGCUAUCUUGUCAGAGUUGUCCAUCUGGUACAACUACUAGAAACACAGCAUCUUCAGCCAGUACAGAUUGCGAAGAUUUCUGUGUGGGAGGAGAAGAAUUAAUAUCUGGCACAUGUACACCAUGUAGUAUAGGUUUCUAUAAAGAUAAUACAAAGGAUAGAUUUGGAUCAUGUAAGUCUUGUCCUAUAGAUAGAGUUACACCUGGUCGUAGUGCUACAUCACUCUCAGAUUGCUCAUUACCUAAUUGUACAGCAGGAUCAUAUAUUGAUAUGGCUAGUGAUUCAUGUAAACCAUGUCCUAUAGGACAAUAUCAGGCUGAGAAUUGGAAAAUGUCUUGUGAAACUUGUCCUGAUCAAAGUAUCACACUAGCUGUUGGCUCAACUAGCCGUGAUCAGUGUAUAAUAUCAUGUUUUGCGGGUUAUGAGAGUAAAAGUGGUACUUGUGUUAAAUGUGGAGAUGGAUUUUAUAAACCGUCAAGGGGAGCAACAUUAUGUAUUGCAUGUCCUGAUGGUUUUAUCACAGAUAAGGAAGGAGCCAUAGAACAGUCAGAAUGUAGUGUUGCUGCAUGUACACCUGGUUAUUACCUAGAUCAACCAAACAACAACUGUAAACCAUGUAUAUAUGGUCAAUAUCAACCAAUCAAAUGGCAGAAAUCAUGUUUGACCUGUUUAGCAGGAAAGACAACUCUUCAAGUUGGAACAGAUUCCCAAGCAGGAUGUGUCACUGAUUGUGCUAUUGGUCAAGAAUAUAAAGUAGAUAGAUGUCAACCGUGUGGUAUCGGAUAUUAUAGAGAUAAAUCAACACCAGCCCAAACAACAUGUCAAAUAUGUCCUGGAAAUUUUAUCACUGCUGAUAUUGGAACAACAUCAACUGCAGGCUGCAACAUCGUAAAUUGUACCACACCUGGUCAGUAUCGUAAAGAUAACCAAUGUACAUAUUGUCCUAUUGGUAAAUAUCAGGAUGUAAAAUGGCAGACUUCGUGUAAAGAUUGUCCGUCUGGAACAACUACUAAAACAGAAGGAACACGAGCCCUGUCAUCUUGUUAUAAACAAUGUCCAUCAGGUCAAGAGGUCAAUGAAAUGACCAAUGAGUGUCAAGUAUGUAGACAAGGUUUAUAUAGAGUAAGUGGAGAAACAUGGACGUGUCAGAUAUGUCCGGCAGGUUUUACUACAGAAAGAGCCGGAGCUGUAUCAUUAGCACAGUGUAAUAUACCAAAUUGUAAUGCAGGUACAUAUUCUGAUAUAGCUAGUGGAAAAUGUAUACCAUGUCCUAAAGGUACCUAUCAAACAUUACCAAUACAGGUUAGCUGUAUACCAUGUCCUAAUAAUAAAAUGACAUCAAGAGAAGGAGCUGCUUCUGUACAGGAAUGCAUAUCUUUAUGUCAGACUGGACAACAGAAUUGUACAGCACCAACGACAUGUGUGGAUGUACGAGGAGGGUUUGAAUGUCAAUGUCAGCUACCAUAUUUUGGUACCAAAGAUAACUGUACACAUGCAUGUGAUUCUGGUUAUUGUUUAAAUGGUGCUACAUGUAGAAGAGAUGCUAGUACAAUCUGUUAUUGUGCUGAGAAUUAUAAUGGUGUAAGAUGUGAUAGUCGAGUUGAUGCAGCAGUAGCUCCCAAUAUACGUGAUGUAUUAGUGGGUGUUGUAGUAGGAGUAAUAUGUUUUUUACUGUUAAUAAUAGCUUGUAUAAUAGCAGCUAUAACCAGGAGGAGAAGAAGAGCAGAGAAAGCUAAAAAUGAAUUCUAUCCACCACCAUCUACAGCACCACCAUCUGUAUUUAAUGGUUCACUAUCUGGUAGUCGGGGUAAAGGAUUCAUGCCACAGUACGAUCAGAUGACAUAUGAUCCAUCAUUUUACAGUGCAAAAUAAAACAUAUAUAAUGAAUAAAUUAAAGGUAUAUCAUUGGUCAUCAUGUCAUUUAACACCCAUAUCACCUGAACACCUCCAGUUCAUAAUCCAUUCUUUUUAAAAAAAAAACGGGAGAUAACUGCUUGUGAUUACCUCCCUUUACCCAUUGAAAAUUAUAUUCUUUCUGUAAAAUGAUAGAAUUUUAGUUAUUUAAUGGUAAAAUUAAGCUGCUUUGAGCAAUAAUCAAAAAUUCCAUUAUUUAUGUAAUGAAAUUGGGUAAUUAUUAGAAUUCUUACCACAUGAUAUUGAAUAAUUAUUAUAAGAAUUUCACCAUGACAGUAAUUAACCCAAGAAACUUGUUCAAAGUAGUGGUCACAUCAAAUGCUGAUUUUACUGUUAAAAUAUUUUAAGUCAUUAUUUGAAUAUUACUUGGUUAUUCAAUUACAUGCAUACGGUCAUUUUUCGGGUUCUUUUUGGUGCAUUUUCAGAUUUUUUAUAAAUUUGGAAUUGUUCAUAUUAGCAUUUCAUUGUUUACAACAUUUCAUUGAAUUAAUCUGUUAAACAUUUCCUAUUGGAGACAAAAAAAAUGACUUAAUUCCAUUAAUUUAACUGGCAUCAAAUACUGAAUACCAAGAAAUAAUUUUGAAUAGCAAAUUUUAAUAAAUUUGUUGGAAUUUUAAGUUUCUACAAUAUUAUCAUUCCAUUAUAAUUAUAAUAUACAUCUACUAAAAUCGUGACAUAUAUAAUAGUGUUCUUAUCAUGCUUUUACUUGCUAGAAGUAUGAUUUAGUCCUUUACUUUAUUUCUCAGAGCAUAGAUAUACACUAUAUAAAUUUAUUGUCAUUAUUUAUUCUGCAAUAUGUUUAAACUUUUUAUACAGAAUUUACAUAUUUAUCAAAUUAUGUACAGAUUUUGUAGAUAUUAAACUGUAUAUUAUGUGAAAUAAAAUGUUAUUAUAUGUUGUACAUAAUGUUAAAGGGGUAAAAUCCAUUUAAA